AUGCCUCCUGCUGCCACUGAUAGCGCCGCCGCUCCUGUCUUGAGCACAAUGCCGGCCGAUGACUUUAGCUGGCAGAUCACUCUUGGUAGGAAGGUCGUCGCUAUCACAGGUGCCAACCGUGGCAUUGGUCUGGGAAUCGCAGAGGUUUGCCUGGCAAACUCGGCCAAUGUGGUCUACUCGCUCGACCUAAUGGAGCCCGGCGACGAAUUCGCUGCCCUGCAGAAGCGUUACCCCAACUUCCACUUCAUUCAAACAGACGUGACUUCGGAGGACAGUGUUGAGAAGGCCAUCAGCCAGGUCGUUGAGCAGUCCGGCCGUAUUGACGGUCUUGUUGCCAAUGCUGGCAUGACCAAGCAUCAGCCAGCACUAGAUUUUGACCGACCUGAAUUGGAGAAACUGUUCAACCUCAAUGUCUUCGGCGCCUACUUCUGCGCCCAGGUUGCUGCUCGCAAGUUCAUCGAGCUUGGUAUCAAGGGCUCCAUCGUGAUGACCUCAAGCAUGACCUCAUACCGACCAAACCGAGCUGCUCCCUCUGCCCCCUACGGCGCCACCAAGGCUGCCGUUCGCAACAUGUGCCACACCCUCGCCAUGGAAUGGAGCAAGCACGGUAUUCGAGUCAACAGCAUUUCCCCCGGUUUCGUGCGGACCGCAAUGACUUACUACGUGGAAAAGUCCCCCCGAUUGGGAUCUCAAAAUGCAAUACUACGGCGGCAUGCCUCGUCUGGCGGAUCCUCCUCCUAUACAACCGGUAUCGACAUUCCAAUUGCGGGUAUUGUCGGCGCUUGUAUGGCGAAACCUGCUUCUGAUACCAACACGGCCACGGGCCCCGUGAAAUACAAUGUCGGCUGGCGAAGAGUCGUUCGCAAUUUUAGUCCCUCAUGGUUUGCUGUCACAAUGGGCACCGGUAUUGUUUCGGUACUACUGAACUCGGUGCCAUUUCACACGCCGGUCUUGUACUAUCUUUCCAUCGUCUUUUUCAUCCUUAAUGCCGUCAUCUUUAUGUUGGCAUUAGCCACCUCUAUUCUGCGAUACACCUUGUAUCCAGAGAUCUGGCCCGUGAUGAUUCAAGAUCCUACAAACUCGCUAUUUCUGGCAACGGUCCCCAUGGGCUUCGCGACACUGAUCGAGAUGUGGGUCUCCAUCUGCGUGCCCCAAUGGGGGGACUGGGCCGUGUCUGUUGCAUGGGCGUUGUGGAUGGUGGACGUUGUGGCCGCGGCCUCGGUCACUCUCUCACUAUCCUUCAUUCUGAUUUCUCAGCGUCACAUAACCUCGUUGGACCGCAUCACUGCACUUCAGUUGUUGCCCAUUGCCGCGACGAUCGUCGCUGCGGGUGUAGGUUCUAAAGUCGCUGAUAUUCUUCCCAACCAACAACAUGCAUUAGGCACUCUACUUGCUUCCUUUGUACUCUGGGGAAUGGGGACCCCACUCGCCAUCGUUGUGUUGGUCAUCUACUAUCAACGGCUGGCGGUCCACAAGCUUCCCCCGCGAGAAAUGAUCGUGAGCUGCUUCCUACCCUUGGGACCUCUGGGAUUUGGUGGCUUUGGCAUUCUUUAUAUCGGGAAGGUCGCGCGAAAGCUCCUUGAGGGCUCUGACAUUCUAGAUCCCAUCACAGGUCCUAUGGCUUAUGUUCUUGGUGUAUUCAUAUCCUUGAUAAUGUGGAGCUUCGGCUUGAUCUGGCUAGUCUUUGCGCUCGCCACUGUUGUGUACAGCUCUCCUUUUCCAUUUAACAUGGGCUGGUGGGGCUUUACAUUCCCCCUUGGGGUUUAUGCGGCCAAUUCAAUCGAACUUGGGAUUGAAUUAGACCUUAUGUUCUUCAAGGUUUUCGGAACGAUUUUAAGUACUGCUGUACUAUUGCUAUGGGCUCUUGUUGGGUCUCACACAGCAAUGGGGGCCUGGCGAGGGAACUUGUUCUACGCUCCCUGUCUUCAAAACCUGACUUUUAGAGAGGAGGGGCGGGAUCACGACGAAGAUCCCGAUCGAGCCUAA